UAGAGGUAGGUAGACAGAGAGAUGCAGCACCACAGUGUGUGUGUCUUCAAGGCUGUCAGUAGCGCAACUCUUCAUCCUCUCGUCAUGGACCGUGAUGUGUUGUGGAGCCACGAUGCGCAGAUUCUCUGCAGAAGCAGGGAAUGCAGAUAGAAGUUCACCUUGAGCUGGAGUCCAACAGUGCCGCUCUGGACCUCUGGGAUUACAAUAAGUGCUACUUGAUCCCAAAACCAACGGAGAUUUAAUUGGAUCUGACAGCCCGCCAAACCAAAAGUGGCUCCAGAACCUUUAACUUUUGGAUUAUAGUCAGAUUUAUACCAGAAAAUCUGACAGAGAGGCUCUAAACUGCCAUUCCAGGGCCAGAAAUCAAACAGGUACUUUGCUUUGGCAGGAACUUGCCAGCUGUCUCCAAACUGACAGCAUACAGAACCAAUAUUGUGACAUCCACCCUUCACACUGGAACCCCGCAAAGCCACGACCAAGCAGGUCCUGCAGCCCAGGGACCCUGGAGCCGGCCUGACCUUGGACCGACUGUCACCUGAACCCCUGCUGGCACCAGCAGAAACGUCCGGCAUGUCUCAGACAGGGGGACGGUUCCACAACAAAAAGGCUGGCAUCCGCGCCGCCGUGAUCCUGAUCGGACUCCUGCACAAGUCUCGCAAAGCCAAGGAGAAGGAGAGAGAGAAAGAGGAGAGCGAAGGGAAACAGGAGCUGCUGAACAUUUCCAACGUCCCUCUGGGAGAAUGUCCCCCCUCACCGCCCCGCACUGCACCGCCCAGCAUGAAGUCUGCAGAGUUCUUUGAUAUGCUGGAGAGGAUGCAGGAUGACUAUAUCCCCUACCCACGGAUAGAAGAUGUUCUUGGGAAAGGUGGUCCAUACCCCCAGGUGAUCCUGCCACAGUUCGGGGGUUACUGGAUUGAGGAUGUGGAAGCACCAGCAGGGACCCCCUCCUCCUCAGAGUCUAGUUUCUGUGAGGAAGAGGACGGAGAAGAGGGCAUGAGCCCUGGUGGGGGGCACAGCUACCGCCUGGAGUGUAACAGCACAGCCCGCGCUUACCGCAAACACUUCUUCGGAAAGGAACACAUGAACUACUACUGCACUGGCAGCAGCAUAGGUAAUCUCAUCAUGUCUCUGAAGCACGAGGAGGCUGAGGGACAGGAGUACCUACGCAUCAUGCUCAGGUCAAGGAUCAAAACAGUGCAUGACAGGAUCUCUUUGGCAGGCAUCAGCCAGCUGCCCAGCGUACCCCAGAUUGCCAAGCUUCUGUGCGACGAUGCCACAGGACUGAAGUUCAACCCAGUCCUGUACCCCCGGGGAUCCCAGCUGAUAGUCGCUUAUGAUGAACACGAGGUGAACAACACUUUCAAAUUUGGCGUCAUCUACCAGAAGUUUGGACAGACAUCAGAGGAAGAGCUGUUUGGAAACAACGAGGAGACGCCGGCUUUCAAGGAGUUUCUCGGCAUCCUGGGCGACAAUAUUGAACUCCAGGACUUUAAAGGGUUCCGCGGCGGGCUGGAUGUGUCCCACGGACAGACAGGCUCUGAAUCUGUCUACACUGUCUUCAGACAGAGAGAGAUUAUGUUCCACGUGUCAACCAAGCUCCCUUUCACUGAGGGAGACAUCCAGCAGCUCCAGAGGAAAAGGCACAUAGGAAACGACAUUGUGGCUGCAGUCUUCCAAGAGGAGGCCACACCGUUUGUUCCAGACAUGAUCGCCUCCAACUUCCUGCAUGCGUACGUGCUGGUGCAGGUUGAGAACCCCUGCACAGAGCACACAACAUACAAGGUGUCUGUUACAGCAAGAGAGGACGUGCCUCCUUUUGGGCCCCCUCUCCCGAACCCAGCUGUCUUUCGGAAGGGUCCUGAGUUUCGAGACUUCCUGCUGACUAAGCUGAUCAAUGCUGAAAACGCCUGCUACAAAUCCGACAAAUUCGCCAAACUAGAGGGGAGAACGCGGGCUGCGCUGCUGGACAACCUCCACGACGAGCUGCACAGACAGAGCCAGGCCGCGCUGGGCCUGGGCCAGGCCGGAGAGGAGGACAAGCUGGAGAACGGGGGACACGGGGGUUUGCUGGAGUCCUUCAAGAGAGCCAUGCGUGUCAGGAGCCACUCCAUGGAGACCAUGGUGGGGUCCCACCGUCACAGGAGCCCUGGAGUGGGAGGUGGGGUCCCGGCCAGCAUGAGUGGAGGAGGGCUGCCGCAGAGCACCAGCGAAUACACAAAGAGCACGUUCACUCCUCCUGUGUUGUCAGCCAAGUCUCCUCUGAAGAGCCCGGUGAAACGGCGCUCAGGCCUCUUCCCUCGUCUCCACUCCAGCACAGACACCCCAAUGGACAAACACACGCGCAGCGACCAAAAGCCUGCAGAGAUCUGCCCGCUGUCCCAGGAAGUGAGGUCAGAGACGUCGUCCAACCCCAGCUCACCUGAGAUCUGCCCCAACAAAGAGAGGCCGUUCAUCAAGCUGAAAGAGUGCAGCAGCGGCAGGCCGAACAUCUCCCGUUCUUCAUCCAGCACCAGCAGCUUCAGCAGCACCACCGGUGAAGCGGAAGCUCUGGAGGAACUGGAGACCGCUAGCCAACCCUCUAUAGCGUCCUCCUCUGCCUUUAGUCCUGCCCUCAGUGUCGACAGCCAGGGAUCGGGCACCCCUGUCAUCAUGUGCCGCAGUCCAACAGCUGAGGGGAGAAGUAAGACGUCACCGAGGUCAAACUUGAAGUUCCGCUUUGACAAAAUGAGCCACUCAUCCACAGCUUCUGAGUAGUUUGUGGAAUGGAAAUAACAGACUUGCACAACAAAGGGACGGCGCGGGCUGAUGGAGCUGCUAGAGAAACCACAACAACGGAAACAACAACAACCACAAAAUCACUGUAGAACCACUUCCCUAAAGCCAAGGACGAUCUGAAGAGAUGACCAACUGCACACACACACUAUAAAAUAACUGACAAUACUGUGAGCGUUUAGUGAGGAGAAGCAGCUGACACGUUGGCUUUCUUUGUAACCAGCCUUUAGCUACAUAAAUCCAGUCCAUACUUUGCCAAUGUUACAAGUCGCAGCAUCUCAGUUGUUAAUUGUUCACAUGACGUGGAAGUCAUAGCAUGGCUGUAAUACUGUGAGCGUAGGCCGAGCUAGACUCUGCCUCAGCUUUUUCUCAAGCAUCUUGUUUAAUAGAGGAACUCUGUAGGGAAACGGUAACACGAGACGAUGGCUGGCUGAACUGUUACUCUUCAUCAAGUGGAAAGAGUUGAAGACAUCAGGUUGUUCCCUUUUGCCUUUGCCCUUAAAUGGUACGUCUGGCAACAGUUCCCUUUUUGCCUAAAAGACAAAAAAAAGUACGCACAUGCACAGAAACAUGAUGUAGACUUACAGUAGCAACAUUUUUCAGUUGACAACACCGGGAUUCUCAAUUCUCCAAGCCUGUUCUUUGCAUAUAAGGAUGCUUUUUUAGGGAACAUCCUUGAUUUUGGAGAUGUUUUCGUAACCCUGCUAGCUGCUGCGUUGUGUCUGCUGCGCUAUAAACACGACAUUGCUGAAAUUCAGUAGAUGACCCAUGACGGCAUUUCUGGAACUCGAACUUCAAAUCCUUGAACUCAAGUGUUUGGUUAGUGGGAAAUGAGCUCAUAUAGGGCACAGUAAGAGACACUGCCAACACAUUUCGCCAUGAGCUUAUUUUUGCCAAAGCUGCGCCUUACAAUCCAGCAAACGCCCUGUUUACCACUGAUGCUCUUGUCUGUCUGUCUGUCUGUCUCUCUCACUGUGUGAGAGGACACGAAUCUUCUGGAUCCGGUUGCAGCACAGUUGUGGGUAGCCGAUCAACACCCACAUUUUGCUGAAAAUAGACGUUGCACUCACUGAAAACAUUUCACCUUCUGAUACCUCCCAUUGAAGCUCGCUAGCUCAGUGUAUCCGUGUUUAUGUUCGGUGGAACUUUUGAACAGGAGAGUCUCCAGGGUUUGAAGUUUCCAAGCACGUGCGCUGAUGAAGAUGACUUGAAAAAGAUCCUUCAGGUUAAAUGAACCUUUGAACCACCUUUGGCAAAAAAAACAAAACAAAAAACACUUUGAAUGUGAGCUUGGAGCUUUUUUUUUUUUUUUUUUUUAGAUUUCAUGCUUUGUUAGUUGUUAUUACAAAGUCUCAUAGAAGUGAAUUGCAGAGCCAGUUGCUUACAAGCACAACAGGACAAUAGGUCUACUCUCCUCAACUAUACCAUAGCAUUAGCCUGGAGGUGCACAAACUAGUUAGCAGAGCAAAGUGGGAGCAUGCUAAUCAAGAGAAAGCUUAAAAACAUGCAGGUAUGUUUCCUACAAUAUGUGACCAAACAAGCAAGCUGGUAGGUCUUUGGAAGAAUGUCUAUGUACUCUUACUGUGGAGAGAACCAUUCCCGUCGGAGGGUCUAAAGGGUCAGUUCACCCAGAUUACAAAAACUAACUUUGUAAUGUCGGUGACUUUUUAACAUGUCAGGAAGCUGCUGGGCUCCUUGAGAAGUAGCUUUCUGAUAUGCAUGAGAAGCAGAUGUGCGCUCAGUUAGUGCAGACCAGGCAUUACCUCGAGCGAGGGAAGCAAGGACGUAACUCACUCAACAGCGGGAAGUUCAGAUGUCAUUUAUUUGUAGCGGGUAUCGCCUAAACGCCCUGCAGCCUUUUCUCUGUUAGUAUGCUUAAUUUAUUAAAAUGAUAACUUCUUUUGCAUUGAUGUCAUGUAAAAAAUGUAACUGCAGAGUACGCUUAUUAAUAAGGUGAAAAUGAUUAAAGGAAAUACAUUAAUUUAAAAGAUGUCUAAACAUGUAUAUGUAUAUUUGGUUAUGUAACGUGCCAUUGAGAAUUUAUUCGAAAAUAAAAUGUUGUAUUUU